GAGGGGCAUGGAGAGCAGGCAAAGGAGGUGUCAUGAGAGGAAGUGCCACGAGAGGAGGUGCCACAGGGGGAGAUACCACGAGAGGAGAUGCCACGGGAGGAGGUACCACAGGAAGAGGUUCGGGGUACUCAGCGAGAGAGAGGGCUGGGCGAUGAGGGGAGACGUGCAAGGAAGGAAGUGAUAGAGGUUGGAGAGGACACGCCCCCACAGACGCCAGCAGUGGGUUUGAGACUCGGGGAUGCACCAGGGAGCACCCGGCAGGCAAAGGAGGGGUUGCAGAGAGAGAAGGCCCCAGCUGUAAGGAGAGAAGCUUUGAUCCUGGUUGAUAGGCACCUAGCAGCUCAUGCCCUGGAGCACCCAGACCUGGAGGAGCCAGCACCUGCAGAGCCAUGCCAAGAGUUAUGCCAGCCCAAGAAGGAGAUGGAAGCAGAGAUCCCAAAGAGGGUCGACCUCCGCAUGAGGGAAAGGGUGCCAGCUGGAGAGACGACUGAAGAAAAGAGGGCAAGAAGAACUAGACGGAUAGAUGAGAUAUGGCAGGAGAGACAGAGGUUGGAGGCAGCGGGGGAGCUCCCGGAGCAGCAACAGGAGAGGCAGAGAUCGGAGGCAGCAGGAGCACUCCCGGGUCAGCCACCCAGCGCGCCAGCCAAGGCCCCGAAGAUUCCUGAGAUGUGGAGAGACUUCUGGGAGCAGAGAGGAGACGAGCUUUCAUCGCCAGUAAGAGCCGGGUUUGGGGUGGCCAGGAAGCGGGAAGAGAGGUUAGAUCGUAAAAUCAAGUUCCUGGCCAAGACCACUUUUGACCGACACUUGUUAUUGGAGGGCGAUCUAACAAGGAAGAAGAUGAAGGAAGCAAGUCAUGGAGUACGCCUGGAGGCUAUGGAGAUGGAAAUUCAGGAACUCAAGACCUUGGUGGCCAGCCAGGCAGCAAUCAUCGAGAGUCUGAGGCAGCAAACCCAAGGAAGGGUGGACAUGCCAGAGAGCAGCAGGCAGGGAGAGCAGAGGCAGCCAGGACAAGGAUUGCCAGGACAGCCAUCUGCAGCAGAGCCUCGCCAGGAGCCACCUAUGGGGAGAGUUAUCCUGGAGUCAGAGGAGGCUAGAGCCCAGAGACAGGCAGAGAGAGAGGCGUUCGAGUUUAGAGCCCCUACUGAGCUCGCGACGCUGCCAGUGGCGGCGGCAGGCCCAGUCGUACCUUUGGCAAUAGAGGAGGGGUUGCCACCAUCUAGCAGUGAGCCGGCUCAGGGCUCGGCAGAGGGAUCCAUGGGCGUGCUCCUUGAGGCGGUGCAUACUAUGCAGAAGGAGGUGAGUUUGUUUUCACCUGAGCAGAGGAUAGAGGAGUCUCUUGAGAGAGAGAUAGGGAUUGAAGCAGAGAGUACCAUCGAGAGCAGACUCCAAAGGAUAGGCACACCUGAGUAUGGACCAGAGGAGAUUGAGGAGCAGCCCACGGCAGUGCCAGAAACGACACUCGAGAGGAGGCCUCAGAGGUUGGACACGCCCGAGUACGUCCCAGCGACAGAGGAUUUGAGAGGCAGACUAGGAUCUUGGGCUACUGGAUUUGGGUCUAGUGGACCGGUUCCGGGGAUAGAGCAGCAGGAAAUCGUUAGUACCGCAGCUCCUCGAUUAGAGCAGCAGGGGGGUGUCGGUACCUUGGUGGGAUCUCCUUCAUCACCACCUCGACAGCCCAAGAAGAAGAAGUUCAAGAGGAAGAUUGAUCAGCUAUGCUUCUACUGCAAAAGGGGCAUGCAUCUGGCUCUGGACUGUCUCAAGUUCCUUGAGGAUAAGGCAGUAGGGAAGGUCUCAGAGGCAGGGGGUAAAAUGUAUGAUAGACAGGGCAAGAUAGUAGAAAAGUCUGCAGAUGGACUUAGGGCUCAGUUAUAUAGGCAAAACCAAGAGGAGUUGAGGAGAUAGUGCCGGUUUUGUUUAUAUAAGUGAGCGAGCAUU